CCAUUGGUUCACGAUUAGGGUUUCUUUGACCAUAAAAACUGAAACUCUUCUACCCUACUCUCUUCUCCCAGGAGGGACUCAAGUUUGGCAGAGAGUUAGCAUCAGCCGCCAUGGUUAAGUACUCAAGGGAGCCAGAUAACCCCACCAAGUCAUGCAAAGCGCGAGGCUCCGACCUCAGAGUCCAUUUCAAGAAUACACGUGAGACUGCUCAUGCCCUCAGAAAGUUGCCCUUGGCCAAGGCAAAAAGAUACUUGGAGGAUGUUCUCGCCCACAAGCAGGCUAUUCCAUUCCGACGUUUCUGUGGAGGUGUUGGUCGAACUGCUCAGGCAAAAAAUAGGCAUUCAAAUGGACAAGGACGCUGGCCUGUUAAAUCCGCAAAAUUUAUUCUAGAUCUUCUUAAGAAUGCCGAGAGUAACGCCGAAGUGAAAGGACUGGACGUCGAUUCUCUCAUCGUAUCCCACAUUCAGGUGAACCAAGCCCAAAAGCAAAGGCGUCGUACAUACCGUGCUCACGGAAGAAUUAACCCCUAUAUGUCAUCUCCAUGCCACAUCGAGCUUAUUUUGUCAGAAAAGGAAGAACCUGUCAAGAAAGAGCCUGAGAUCCAGUUGGCAACGAGUAAAGCCAAGAAAUCUCAAGCUCUCCGCAGUGGUGCUUCAUCUUGAUCAAUAUUGCUGCAUUGAGUUUUUUUUUCCUUUAAAAAAACAGUGGUUCGUUGCUUUGAUCAUUAUAGAAUGAGUUGUUCCAUAUCCAUUGCCCCCGACUUUGUAGUUUAUGAAAUCAUCGAUCAAGUUCUAUUUGUUAGAAAUUCUUUUCCAAAUUUUGGGUUUUCAUCCUAAGCAAAGAGUUCUACAUAUCGAGACUUUCUUCC